CGAUCUCAAAAUAUCAAAUCACGAGAAAGUAAUUCAAAUGUGCUUUAAAUUUUCAAAAAGAUAUCUAGUUAUAUUCUUAAAUACAUUAGAAAUAAUUAAAGACGCUUUUUUUUCACAAAAAAUGAUUUAAAAUUAUGUUUUCAUCGAAUUUUUAUUUCAUGAAUAAAUUAUGCUAAUGAGGAAACUCUUCAACAAUGUGACGUCACUAAUUAGGUCCUAAAUAUAAAGUAUUGUUGCUGUUGUGCAUGCCAAGAAAUAUCGAUAAUGAAAAGAUAAAAAAUUAGCGAAAUGGACACACAUAAUAUACAGUUUGUAGGUGCGCCAUGUGGAAGACAUGCACAAAAUACUUUUUACAAAGCAUUGAAAUAUUUAGAAGAUGGAAAAUAUAAAAUUUUGACACUUGGAGAAUUUUUUUACAUGAAGAUAAGUAAACUGAGUCCAGUAUGUGUUGGUGAACUUCAGAUGAUUUAUUCUAUAAAACAACAAGAAGAUGUCCAUGUGAUGACCAGUGUCCGAACUUAUUUUCUACCCGAACACACACCAGAAGGAAGACAGGAGACACAUGGAGAGGAUGAAUUAUUUGCAUUUUCUGAGAAGCUAAUACUGAAGGCAGAGGAUUUAGUUUGUUUGUUAGAGGAUGGAGUUCGGUGGUCGUGGGGACGGCGGCUAUUUCAGGAAGAUGAGCUGGAGGGUGAUAUCACUAACAGUGAUGAGCUGGAUCAAAGAAUGACCAUUCGUAACUGUGGAAUGAACUUUAGUGAUGUGGACAAAGAAAAAGAAGCCAUAGGUCACAAGAUAAGUGAAACGUCCACUAAUCUGACGAUUUUGAGCUAUCCACAAUACUGCCGAUACAGAGCCGUGUUGAGACGAUUGGAGCAUGUUAAAGACAAAUGGUUGAAGACUGUUGUAAUUUGUGCCAUAGGUGGAAUAAUAUCAAAGUCCAAAGACAAUAGAAUUAUGUUCUGUAGAGAAACAUUCUAUGAUGGUGAUCUUGAAACUUUAGAAAUUAAUUGUGAACAUCUAGCACCAAACUUGAAGGGAAGAAAAAGAAGGAAAAGAUCAUCUAUAAUGGGAGAGAAUGGAGAAUCUGACAGUAAUGAUGUCUCCUCAGAAUAUUCCAUUCCAACUGCUCCAAAGGAAAAGACUGGGAAAAGAGAAUCAGCAUUGAGAAAUGGUUUUAGAAUUGAUAAAAUGAGAGUGAGUAAAGAUGAGCAAGAAUUCCUCUUUAGUCUUCACAAGUUUAUGAAGAAGAGAAAUAGUCCAAUUGGUAGAAUUCCAUCUCUUGGUUUUAAACAGAUCGAUCUGUACAUGUUUUGGUCUCAUGCUAUGAAGAUUGGUGGAUAUGCAGCUAUUACACAGAAAAGAAUGUGGAAACAUUUAUAUGACAUACUCGGAGGAAACCCAGGAAGCACUAGUGCUGCCACCUGUACUAGAAGACAUUAUGAAAAACUUCUGUUGCCUUAUGAGAGACAUACUAGAGGAGAUUUGGCUAACAGACCUCUUCCACUGAAAUCCAAAAAAUCUAAGAUUCUUGGUAGACCUCCAGGAAAACCCCUUGGAAGGCCCCCCAAAGACAAGGAAAAGAAAACAACCCCAGAAAAGACAGAGACCACGGAAUCACUAAUAGAGGUUAAGAAAGAAUCUCCAACAGUCGUGUCAGAAGAUAAAUUGAUGAACCGUAUCAAACGGGUAAAUUUGAGAGAAAGAUUUAAGUUAAAAUUACAAGAAAAAGCAUUAAAAUGGGAAGAAUUAAGAAAUCAGAAGGCCAAAGAUAGAGAUAAGGUCAAAAGAGGAAGUUCCAACCCAAGAACAGUUAAAAACAUUCUCAACAAUGCAAUGGCUAACAAGUCCAAAUCAGAAGUGGAAUCAUCGAAGGAGAACAAAAAGACGGAGGAGACAAGUGAUAACGUCUGUGAAGCAAAGAUAGAUAUAUCUCAUAUUAAGAAAGAACCUUCAGAAUUAUUGGCAUCGCCAACAAAGCAUGUGGCAAACCAAUCAAAACUGUUCCGACCUCCAGAUGUGCAAUCAACUAGUGCUAACAAGAUAUUAUCUCAACCUAACCCAGCAAUAUCCCUUUGUGGGCCUCAUCAUCCCUCUCAACAAAUGUUUUAUCCUCAUCCAUUUGUGCAAUUAGGAGCUAUGCAUCCUCUUGGAUUACCUAUAAUUAAUCAACUACCAAUGGCAAUGCAGCAGUACCUUCAACCCAAUAUACCGGCAGCUAAACCAGUUCAUCGACCUAACAUUUUAAGAAGUCCUACUGGGUUGCCUAAAUCGUUUCAUCUUUCAUCUCUCACCACUGAGCAAGACAAAAUGGCAGCCCUAGCAUUAUUUCAGCAACCAGCUCACACUAAUAAUCAUCACAGCAAUAUGCCAUCACAUAUGCCAUCACAACAACUGCCUGGCAAGUCGCCAAUUACCCCGCCAGCUCAUGCACAUCAAAAAAGGUCACAUGAAUCAAUGUAUUCACCAAAGUAUGACAUUCCAAGUCAUUCUAAGUCUUCAUCAAAUAAAUCAUUAUUGUUUGACUUUGAAACUUCAAAGAGAAUGAGAAAAGAUAGUGAAACAUCUGUGAACUCAAAAACAAAAACAGACGAUGACCAGCCUCAGGAUCUCAGUAUGAAAACUUUAUGCAAAAAAAGUGAAAGCAAUUCAGAUAAUAAGGUGUUACGGCAGCAGUCCUCUACUUCAAGUUUGAAAGACAGUUCGGUGAAAUCCCAGAGGUCAGAAAUGACCUUGAACUUACCUAAACAUUCUAUGGCUAAUAUACUGAAGACACCGGUUUUCUCCAAGAGAAGUUCUUCUCCUAGUAAUGUGUUCAGUAAUAAAUCUCCGGUGUUCAGCUCCUCCUCCAGUCAUUCUUCAUCAAAGGGAGACAUUUUGCAGACAACAUCCCCUUGCAGUCAGCCUUCUGUGAUAUCACCCGUUCACCCAGCAUUCCCACAACAUUUUCUACGGUCACCAGUCCCCCAGCCUGGCAUGUUCCCUUCUCAACUACAACAGUUAUAUGAAGCACAAAUCCGAGCCACACAAGUAGCCGCCUUGGAAGAAAUGAUGCAAAGAGACCAUAAUAUGUAUCCCAGAAUGCCAUUUCCUAUGUUUAUGCCACAGAUGCCGCUUCACAUGAACAAUUCGAAAGACAAAAAUAACUAUGCACAUGCAAAGUAGUGGGACAUUAUGUUGUUAUGAUUAUAACUUGUUAAAUUUUGUUUAAACUGUUAUUCUUGUUUAGCAUGCAUUUAUAUAAAUUCUAUAAGAUAUAGUUUUAGGUUUAUUUGUUAACAGAACAUUUUAAGAAAGGUAUUACAUGAUCUCUUCAACAGUGUAACUUUUUAAACUAGGAUUUUGAAUUGUUGUUUAAACACUUGGCUUUUUGUGUAGGAUCUCAAAUCUUUUCAGGACUGGUGAAACAUUGACAACUGAGCAAUGCAGGUUUUAGCAACUAUAAAAAAAAAUCAUAGCUUUUACCUUAUUUGAUACAUUUGACUUGUGGAAUGGAAAGUUUUAUUAGAUGGAAGUCCUACUGGAAUCCUCUCAAAUGUAAAAAGAACAAUGCCUUUUUCCAAUUGGUAUUUCACAAGAAAAUGCAAUUUGAAAAAGAUAACAAACAACACUAUGCUAUUUUCUUAUGAAUUAUUUUAUCCCUUACAUGCUUGAAAAUUGUUAAAAUUUUAUAACAUCUUUUUCUAGAAAUCAAACCUUUGAUCACUUUCAUGAAGCCUAUAUUUAGUUUUGGUUUAUAUAAAUAGAAUAAAGCUCAUUGAUAAUAACUUUUUUAAACACCUCAGAAACAAGAGGAUGGAGUGCUUAGUUAUAAAUAGUGAAUACAAAAACGAUCAUUUUAUUCCUUUUGAUCAGCUGCAGCAGCAAAUAUUACAACUUUUCAGAACCAUCUUCAAUGAAAAGUUAGUAUAUCUAUUAUACAGUAAUGGGAAAAGCAAAUAUGUAUAGCCUUUCUUAAGAUUCUCCAAUGUAUAACUACUUAAAUAUUACAUUUAAAUUCUUCAACAAAAGCCUUCUUCACAAUCGAUCUCUUCCACUUUUGUGUAUUAUGCAACAUGGCUUUUUUAUACAACAAACAUACAAUGAGAUUGGAAUUACAUUUUUUGUUAACUUUUAAUAAUAUGGUCACAGCAUUUGUUUACACUAAACAGUGACCUACAUGUUUGAGGGCAAAACUUCUCAGCCUUGCUGCAAAAGCUGAAAUGAAAUCUGCGUUUUCAUCAGCGGAAAAAAGAGGUAUGGAAUAUUGCAAUCAUUAAAGCUCAUGCAUGCAUCUAAUUUUGAAUACGCUGUCUUUAUUAUUCAGAAAUUAUUGUCUGCAUUUAUUAUUAAAUGUGGUUGAGUACCUUAAAGAAUGUGACUUAAAUUUGCUGCAUUCAGAUAAUGCUGACAGAAUUUAGAAAACAACACUUUACUUAUGCAAUACUCAUCCGGUCACAAUAUCUAUACAUGUAUUUAUAAAAUCAACACAAAUAUUUCUGAGUUUACAGUAAUUGAUGUCAAUAUUAUAUUAUUUCUAUGCAGCGUUAAAGAAUAUAAGACCUUUCAAACAAUAAGAGAUGUGAUGUUCACUUUUGAAAUGUUGAUGUAAAAUAAAUAGGUUGUAAAAGGGAGAUUGUCAUGUAAUAUUGGGUAAUAUUUAUUUGUAUACCGGUAUGAAAUUUAGUAUGUGAUACUGUAAGACACCUGAAGUCGGAACUUCUUUUUUUAUUUACGUAGAACUACAACAAACAUUUUGUGUUUAAAUAUUUUUUGUUUAUGUUUGUGUUCGAGAUGGAUAUGACAUUAUUGUUCAGUCAUGAUUAUUUAUAAAAAUAUUUUUAAAACAGUACUGCAAAUUCUACCGUUCUAGCACAGGCACUUGUCUCCGAAAAAAAUAUCAUAUAUACUGGUAACUUAAUAUUAAGGUAUAUAGGAUUUUUUUUUUAAAAAAGUGCCUGUACGGUGACCUAUAGUUGUUAAUGUCUGUGUCAUUUUGGUCUUUUGUGGAUAGUUGUCUCAUUGGCAAUCAUACCACAUCGUCUUUUUCAUAGUUAAAUUAUUUUCUCAAGAGAAAUAAGUAUUGAUUUUUUCCCCAAAUUGGAUAUUUUCAAUUUUAAGGUCCAUUGUAGAAAAAAUACCUGAGAUUUAUAUUACUCAAUCCACAGAAAUAUUCAAAUAAAUUAGCACUAAGUUGUAGUUUACAAGGAAAUAAAAAGCUCUUGUAUUUGAUUUGUCGUUACAUUAUAUAUGAAAUCCAUUACUUUUAUGUGCAAGCUAGGGUAUGCAUUAUAAUUUUUACCCAGAUAUAUAUACAUGUGUUGAAUUGUUACAAGUAAAAUUGAAAAUUCAGUUACAUUUCUGACACAAAAGCAGAUACUUUUUGUAUAUUUUAUGUUAAUUGUAUUUGUUAAGUGCCUUUAAUUUAUUUGUAGAAUUUAUGCAAAAUGCUGUUUUGUAUCUUUUAUUUAUUUUUUGGUUCGGUACAAAGAAUGUACUGUGAAACAAUAAUGUUUAUGCUUUCCGUAUGAAUGAAAUGUUUUAAUUUGAUAGUUAAUAUCCACAAUGACACAAGGGAAUGUCAAAAUAUCUUCAGAGAUAAAACCAAACUCUAACGAUUGUUCCUAUUUUCAGUAGUAGAGAAGAAAUCAUUUUACUCUAUAAUGUCUUUAAACUUUAUAUUUGAAAUUGAAUUUAAGCACAAAGAGUGUAUAAGGUAUAAAUGUGUAUAAACAAACAUCGCUUUUAAAGAAAAUAUGGCAUAAAGUAAUACAACUUUCCUUGUUUGAAAUUUUGGUUAAAAAUAAAGAUUGUGGAUAUUACGUGUAGAUACCCGAAUUUGUCAUUCAAUUUGUUCCAUUUUCAUAACACACAUGCUGAACAUUAAUAUUUCUACAUGGCUGAUCUUUAUAAUUUUAUAUUGCAUUUAACUUUAAACUUGUGUUCAUUUUAUUUCAAUACAGAUCUUCUGUAAAAACUUUUGUAAAGCAUAAUAUAUAUAGCAAUACAUCAGUUAACAUUGUAGUCAGAAACAAUUGUGAGUACUGGUAAUGUUUCAAAAUUCUCAGGUUUAAAUGGGUUUUCAAAGUUAUACCGAUCUCUGGUCCUAUGGGUUUUAUUUUUAUUUCUUAGCUUGGAAAGGUUUUGGCAGAAGAAGAAACAAUUCUUAUGGGCUAAUUGACAUUUCUGUAUGCAAAAGGUUUACAUUAUAUAGAAUCAGAGUAGUAAUUAUCCUGCUCAAGUUCUUGAUAAAUUUUGAAGAUAAUUCAAGUAAGCUGUUAACUCAGUUGUGGAUCAAAAUAUUGUCAUAAGUUGGGGCCCACUGAUUGUCUCUAAAUGGGGACCGCUUCAGUGAUUCUCUAUAUAUAAUGAACCAAAUUAUUCCACAAUAGGGAGGCUCUCCUCCCCCUUGAAUCUGCCUCUGAAACUUAAAAAUUUGAACCAAAUUCUAUUUUCAUUGUUCCGAACAGAAAUCUGUGAUCCAAUUAGUCAACUCUACAUUUGACGAGUUUUCAUAAACAGGUUGGUGCAGUUUCAAAAUAUUUGCUACCCUUAAAAGUUUGGUAUACUUUUAGAUCUCAAGGAUAGACAUUUUUCUCUACAAAGAAUUUUGACACAUUACCAUUGUAAUCAUCUCAAUGUUAAGUCAUCAGUUAAUUAUAUUAUGUAUAUUUUAUAUGUUACUAUAGUUUAUUGAGAUACCUGUGAUUUUAAAUACAGCUAUCAACAACAAAAA